UGUCUUGAUUCCACCACUUCGGUAUUAUAAAUUUGCUCUCAAGAGAACAAAAAUUUCACAACAAGAAGCCUGAUAUAUUCACAUUUUAUAGAUACACAUAUAAUAGUCUCCUUUUGGGUGCUCUUGAGAAGCUUAAAAACAUUUCCUCCCCAAUCUUCUUCCUUUAGUCAAUUCCUCUUGAGAAUGCAUCCUAAAGUGUAUGAGGCUGUAAAGUCGGGAGACUUUGAUUCCUUUGAGACAAUAAUUUUAGGAAAUGGAGAGGACCUUUUCGACCAAACAACACCAAAGGAGAACAACAUUCUUCACGUUGCAGCUCAAUACGGGCAAGUAAAUUUCAUUGAACAUCUUCUUCAAUGUCCAUCAGGACCGUCCCUUCUUUGGCAAGUUAACGACAAAGGAGACACUCCCCUGCAUCUUGCUGCCAAAGUGGGAAGUUGCGAAGUGGUUCGAGUCUUCACUGAUUUCACAAAAUUACUUCAUUGGGUUGUUGAGAACGGACAAGUUGAUGCAUGCAAAGAGCUACUUCGAAAGCAAAAUUUGCAUAAGGAUACAGCACUGCACCAUGCAAUAAGAGGAGGCCAUAAUUUGGUGGUGCAGUUGUUGAUUGAAGAAGAUUCUCAACUGUGUGAUAUUAUUAAUGCUGCCGAUGAGUCUCCACUUUAUCUUGCAACAGAUCGACAACUUUCUCAUGCCAUUGGGCUGAUUUUAGGUGCUUUCUCAUGGUCAUCCUCUCAUAAGGGCCCUAAGGGUUUGACAGCUUUGCAUGCCGGAAUCUCUCUCUCAUUGACCAUUUGGGAGAAAAUCAUGGAGAAAAGACCAGAAGCGAUCAGAGAAAGAGAUGAUAUGGGGUGGACUCCUCUUCAUUACGUUGCUUACUUGGGCAAAGUUGAAGCAGUUAGAGUACUCCUCCAACAUGAUACUUCUGUGACAUACGAUUUAGACAAUGCGGGGGAAUCGGCUCUUCACCUUGCAGCAUUUCAAGGCCAUGCCAAGGUCAUUGACGAGCUUGUUAGAUCAUGUCCCGACGCUUUUGACAUAAUAAACACCAAAGGGCAGACGGCUCUUCAUGCAGCUGUUGUCGGUGGACGAGUGAAUGUAGUUACGUACAUACUACGAAUGCCAAACCUGAAGUAUCUCAUCAACGAACAAGACACCGAUGGAAACACGGCUCUGCAUUUGGCUGCACUUCAUAGAAGUUACAACAUCAUAUUCAUACUUGCACAAGACAAGAGGGUGGACCAUUUGGCUAAAAAUAAGGAUCAUUUGACCGCAAUUGACAUUUUGAUACUUAUAAGGAGAUCGGCUACGGCACUACGAAAGUUCAUUACCUGUUGAAAGGAUCUCAUGGACUCCCGGGUUUUCAAGGCUGGUAUGUUGAACAUGGCAAGAAGAGAUUAGACAAUCAAUUUGCUUGGGGUCAACCCUCUAUAUUGACAACUACAGGAAGUAAUAUUGCCGAUAGAGAUGAUUUCACUUUGUCAAAAAGAGGCAUUAUGGAUGCUCAACUACUAGUGGCAGGGCUGAUAGCCACCGUAAGCUUCGCCGCGGCCUUCACAGUUCCGGGAGGUUAUAAUGACGAUGGAAUGGCAGUUCAUGCUGGCAGGCCAUUUUUUAAAACCUUUGUGAUGUCUAACAAUUUUGCGUUCCUUUUCUCCGCCGUGGCAAUAUUCUUACAUUAUGCAAGUUUAACGUUCAGCUAUGGUCAAAAGCCGAAAUAUAUCCCGACCGUGGAAGGUUGCAUUCAAAUUGCUAUGCUCGGGCUGUUCGUAGCCUUUUAUGUGGGGCUGAAUCUGGCACGGGAGAGGCUCCCCGAGAGUAUCGAGGAAGGAGUCCAUUUUUGUGUUACGUAUGGACUUCUCUUUGCCGUGUGCUUCUUGUAUGAUUUAUCUGACCACGAGGCUCAUGCGUGGUUGCUACGUAGGGUACCCCUAGGAUAUAUGCGAAAGUUCUUGCUUGAUUGCGGGAUA